CGCUUUCUCUUAACAGCUUCCGGUUCUGGCUCGGUAAUCGGUAGAGAUCCGCUUCCACCGCGAGCAGUGAGUAGCUCGCAAUUGGCGGGUCAGCGUCAGCAACAGCAACAGCAGCAUCAGCAACAGGAAUCGCCGGUGUUGACGAGUAACGGGGUCCAGCAGGUAAUGACGCUUCCGCGUUCCAACGGCGUCGGGGCCUCGGUCCCCUCCAAUUACCAUCGGCAGCAAAAUCUACCGGUCCACCAGCAGCCGAGUUCGCAGUCCGGCUCCAUGAUGACGAUGAUUGGCCAGGACCACGAGCUCGACUAUGCCACGCACAUCCUCCGGGCUGCCAGCAGCGGUGACGUCAGAAUGUUGAGCAGCAGCGACACAAGGGAUCCCAGAAUAGCAUCGCCAUGCUCUGGCCAGCGUCUCGUCAGCCCCAUCAACCACUUGAGAGUCAUUUCGCCGAUCGACCAUCGUAUCUCGAGUCCGAGCGAUAGCGAGAGACAUACCCAUAGCCAAAGCGACCGAGGAAUGUCAAGUCCAAUUGGCAGGGACUCGGAACGCGACGGCAACCCGCCGACGCUCAGGCAACUGCAGCGCGGCAUGGGUUCACGUCAAUCCGGGGAGCUCUUCCGCAAGAGGAGCCAGUCGAGCAGCCGGAGGAGUAUCGGGCGACCCUCGAGCAGCAGCAGCAGCGGUGGCGGCGGUGGCGUCGUCGCCGUCGGCGGUGGUAGCGACCUGGUGCAGGUGUCGGCCGGCGAGCUGCUGGGCAGGACCCACGAGGAGCUCGUCCUGCUGCUCAUUCAGCUGCGCAGACAGAGCGCGACCCUAUGCAAGGCCAUGGAAACAUGCCACAUGGAGAUCGAGGCACAGGCUAGAUUGGUGGAACUGGACACGCCAAGACGAUUGGAAAACUUACAGAAACUGGAGGAACUGAAGAAGCACCUUAUGGACCUUGAGAAGCAGUACGAGAAGGGCAAGCCGCUCGUUAACCUCGUCGACAACAUGGUUAAGCUGGGCUCGCUCUACAACUGCAACAAGGCGAACGGCUUGAGCACAGGGAGCCUCUUCGGCGUGUCCAGGAACAGCGGCUUCCAGGAACAGCGGCUCCUCGCAGAAGAGCGACGCGACUGGGACAGACUCAGCCCCGAUCACGGACAGCUUCAGGCUAAGGUGCAACAGCUCUACAAGUUGGACCAAUUACUUCAAGAGGAAUCUGGAACGCUUCACAGUCUUCAGCAGAACAAGGAAUUGCUGGAGAAGGCGCUGGGCGGUCUCAGGCACAAGAUGCAGGGCUGCAGCCGCAGUAAUCCGGCGGAGGCCGAGCGCUACAGAGAGCAGCAGCUUCUUCUCGAGCGGGAGCUCAGUCGGGUGCGCCUCCUUCUCGCGCACAACUCCAAGAAGCUCGAGGAGACGGUGGCGGAGAACGCGCGCCUCGAGCAGGACCUCGUGGUGCUGCGCCAGAAGCUCCAGGCCUCGCGCAGGUACGCGGGUAACGUGCAGAUCCGCGACUCCAGCGGCACCACGGCCGCUCUCGAGAAGGAGCUGCGCCGUGUGCAGCAGCUCGUCGGCGACCUCCAGCGGCAGCGUCAGGAGCUCAGCAUACAAGUCAGGCAGCUAACCGAGAAAUCCCACAGCCUUGUGCAGCAGAUCAGACCGCAAAGCAGCUCGACGCCGCAAGUUCACCAGCCGAAGAAACGCGCACCGAGCUCCUGGCUGGAGACUGACCUCGACUCCGGCCUCACCCAAGAACACGGCCUCGAGCUCUCCUCCAGCCCGGCUCUGUCCGCCUCCCCGCAUGCCAAGCUCAACGGAAGUCCAUACCAACAGCAUCAGCAUCAGCAACAUAAUCUGGGCUCACCCCAGUACGCGAAGGAUUUAUCGAGCCAAUCGCGCUCCCCGGCCUCCACGUCAUCCUCAUCCUCAUCCCAGUACUGCAGACAGUCCCAGGUCCAGGCCGCCUCGCCCCAGAACUGCACCAUGUCCGGCCUCUCGCCCCAGAUGAGGGAGCAGAUUCAACAGCACCAGCUGAAGCAGCAGUUACUCAAGGACCAGAUGCAGCAGACCAACCCCGUGCCCCUCUACGUAAACACUAUCGUUCAAGAUCCGAGGAGACACGAAAGUGCUAAGCACUACGACCAAAUGACUAACGGCGGUCCCAUUCUUCCCCCGGAGUACAUCCCACCACCUCCUCCACCGCCAAACGAAGAGCUGAUAAUAAUGAACGGCGUCUACGGGCACGAUGAUGGUAAAUUUUCUGGCUUGAUGCACAGCCGCGAGAAACAAGAGAUCAAAACUGUUCGCAUAGUGAAACGCGAAUCCGAGCGACGUCAAAGAGAUCGAGGCGACAGAACCGGAAAUAUCGGUAUCCCUCUGACGAAUGGACUUCAAGCUCCUGGCGGGGCUAAAAGACUCGGAGAGGACGAGUUCAAUGGAUCACAACAAUUCGAACAUCAGCUGGACCGGGUGGUCGAGGAGACACCGAUGAUCCACGCGCAGAGCAGCGUCCAGUUGUCCGAGCUCAGCGAUGUGCAAUUCCAGCGCAGUAUGUCUCUUCCCCGGGGCUUCGGGGGCCAAAAGCCUCAUCCGGGUGUACACCAGGGACCCGUUGCCCCGCCCCCUCGGAGCGACAGCAUGACCGCCCUGAGGAACAUGAUGGCCAGGAGGCAGCGUGUCCGGUUUGAGAAUCAGGACGCGGGAAGCUCGGACAGUACGUUAUCGCCCUACAUGACCGACAGUCCGAGCUACUCCUCAUCCCAGGGUCAGACGACAAGCGUCUCGUCCCCCAGCAACUACUACUGCUACUCCACCAGUCCACCCUAUAGCCCCAGCCAAAACUACCCCGCGUAUCAGCGUCCUUACCCCAUCUACGGCAUGCAACAGCAGCAGCAGCAGCAGCAACAGCAACAACAACAACAACAGCAACAGCAGCAGCAGCAAUCCCAUCAGCAGCAACAACAGCAGCACUACUACGGGGACUCGAGCUCAUCCGUAAACCCAAUGAGCCCGAAGCUACUCUCGCCCAGCCAAAGCGUCCAGAGUAUCACGGCCGAGCUCUCGCCACAGUUGUCGCCCGUCUUCAAGAGCGAGGCCGCCAAGCAGAUCAUCAAGGAGAUGACGGAGAAGAAGCCCGACGCCGGGAGGCCCAGAAAGCGCCAAGUGCCCAGGGAAAAGAGAAGGCACUACACUGUCUCGAGUAGCAAGCCGCUAUUCGAUUUGGAAGACGCUUUCACGAAGAUGGGUAUGGGUAGAGCAAGAGACGAUUUAGACAUGGAAAGAGCUUUGCGGCCACGAAUUAAUGCUCCCGACGUCGUCAGAUCGACCUUGAGUCACAAGGAGUUGAAAUAUAAUGAAAGCACGAUCGAUCAACUUUUGGGAACCCCAAAUAAGAUCAUCAUCCCUGAACGUUAUGUGCCAGAAAAGACUCCUGAAUUGACGGCUGAAGAACAAGAGCAUCGAUUAAAGAAAGCAGAGUCAAUAAGAAAAAUGUUAUCCGAAACUACCGUUACUGCGUCUGAUGGCACAGAAGAUGAUUCGAAUACUGAAAAAUCAAAUUCUCUGAAGAAAAAAGUAGCUGAAGAAAAACGUCAAAGGGAUCAUAUUCUCCAACUCAAUCAAAUAUUGGCUAAACAAGUAAUGGAAAAAAGCAAAAUGGUGGCUGUGAGUGCUCUCGCGUGUCUUCCUCACGACAUGGAUUCCAGCAUCGAUGACGAUGAUCUAUCGCCGGUAACUCCGCUGCCUCUAUACCAACAGCGGGAGAAUUUUUAUUCCUAAAGGCAGAUAUCGAAAUGCAGGUGAAGAGGGUCGGAAGGAAGCCGCUUUUCUAACAGAUAAUGAAAGUGACACAUCCAUAGCUACGUACCUCUGGCUUUCCAAUGUACAAAG